AGAAGAUGAAUAAUCUUUCCUUUAGUGAACUGUGUUGCCUGUUCUGUUGUCCACCAUGCCCAGGGAGAAUUGCAUCCAAACUGGCAUUCUUACCUCCUGAUCCCACGUACACACUGAUGUGUGAUGAGAGUGGUAGUCACUGGACUUUGCAUCUCUCAGAACGAGCAGACUGGCAAUAUUCUUCUAGAGAAAAAGAUGCAAUUGAGUGCUUCAUGACUAGAACAAGUAAAGGUAACAGGAUUGCCUGUAUGUUUGUGCGUUGCUCACCUAACGCGAAGUAUACUUUGCUCUUCUCACAUGGAAAUGCGGUUGACCUAGGUCAGAUGAGCAGCUUUUACAUAGGACUGGGUUCACGGAUUAAUUGCAAUAUAUUCUCUUACGAUUAUUCUGGAUAUGGUGCGAGUUCUGGGAAGCCAACAGAGAAGAAUCUGUAUGCUGACAUUGAUGCUGCUUGGGUGGCUCUUAGGACAAGGUAA